AUGACUCUCACGGAGUAUGAAGAGGAGAUGAUGAUGUGCGGAGCGUCGAUGCCCCCUGCCUCGUCUCGUUCUAACAGUCGCCCGCCCGGCAAUCGGGCACGUUCCCAAGCGCCCCAGGACGCCGUGCGGCAGUUUUGGAACGAUUUCAACACCAAGUAUCCCGGGAAAGUGUACACUGUGCUCCCGGAUAAUCCUUAUGCGCGUACCCGUGCGAAGCGGGUCCCUAACGGCGUGAUCCAAGGCCAUGAGGCCGUCAAGUCGUACGAACAGGCACGCAAUGAAUGCCAAAAGUCCGUGGAACGUAUUGUUAAGGAAUGCGAGCGAGUGAACCAGAAGUAUACCGAUCCCCACUUUGACAUCGAGCUCGAUCUCAAGUCUGGUAUGCGCCACUAUCUGGAUGGGCUGGAUAAAACAAAUGAGAUUAUGCGACCACGCGGCGUGAAGAGAGUAACGGAAAUCUUUGAAAAUCCCCAAUUCUUUGUCAAUGGACCGAAGGCUUCGGACGUCCGUCAGGGAUAUGAUGGCGACUGCUGGUUGAUGGCUGCGCUGUGCACGAUGGGGAACAAGACUGGUCUCAUCGAGAGGAUUUGCGUGGCCCAGGACGCCAAGAUUGGGAUUUAUGGAUUCGUUUUCUAUCGCGGUAAGGGCUUAUGUGCAGUUUACCGCGGAGCGAUACUGACUCGACUUUUAGAUGGCGAAUGGCAGCAAUGCAUUGUAGACGAUAAGCUCUAUCUGCGUGCUGCCGAUUAUGACGAGUCAAUUGAUGAACGCCCGCUGUGGGACGACAUUAACCGGACAGACACCGAAGAGGAAUAUCGCCGAGUUUGGCAGACCGGCUCCAGGGCGCUCUACUUUGCGCAGUGUGUCGAUCCAAAUGAAACUUGGCUUCCACUUUUGGAGAAGGCGUUUGCGAAGGCACAUGGUGACUACUCUGCGAUUGAGGGUGGAUUCGUCGGGGAAGGUAUCGAAGACCUGACUGGAGGUGUCACAUCAGAGGUUCUAUCUAGCAAUAUCCUAGACAAGGACCGAUUCUGGAGUGAGGAGCUUAUGAAAGUCAACGAGGAGUUUCUCUUUGGCUGUGGAACUGGCUUUAUGAUGGCCCCCCAAGAGACCGAAAAGGGGAUUUCAGAGAACCAUUCAUACUCCAUUAUGGAAGCCAGAGAAAUCAAGGGACAUCGCCUCCUACGACUUCGCAACCCAUGGGGAAAGAAGGAAUGGCAUGGUGCAUGGGGUGAUGGGUCCGAACAGUGGACAGCAGAGUGGAUGGAGCUUCUGGGCCACAAGUUUGGUAACGAUGGGUUCUUUUGGAUCUGCUACAAUGACCUGCUCAAGAAGUAUCAGCACUUUGACCGCACCCGUCUUUUUGGACCGGAAUGGACCGUCACACAACAAUGGACGACAUUGAAUGUGCCCUGGUCAGCUGAUUACCACAGUUCCAAAUUCAUAAUGGAUGUCACGAAGAGCGGCCCUGUAGUCAUUGUUCUUUCGCAGCUUGACACCCGCUACUUCAAGGGACUGAGUGGCGAGUACAACUUUGUUCUCAAAUUUCGGGUCCAGAAAGAGGGAGAGGAAGAUUACAUGGUGCGCAGCCACAGCAGCCAUUUCAUGGCUCGUUCCGUGAAUGCCGAGAUCGACCUAGAACCAGGUCGCUACCAUGUUCUCAUGAAAAUCAUCGCUUUCCGACACGAAGAAACAGAGUCCACCGAAGAGAUAGUCCAGCGCGUUGCUUCAACAAGGCGUGAGAAGCUUGUCCAAGUCGGUCUUUCUUAUGAUUUGGCCCAUGCUAAGGGCGUGGUUGUCGAAACAGAGCGGGAACGAUACGAGAGGGAAAGACGCAAAGCUGCCGACCGGAAGAAGCUUCGCGAAGAGACGAAGAGAAGACUACAGAAAGAAUAUAUCCGCGACCGAAAGAUGGCUGCUCGACAACAGCGGAUGGAGGUGCGUCGCUCUGGCCGGGUUCCCAACGGCAUCUCGAUUGAUCGGAGUCCCGAGCGUAGCCCUAUCCCAGGACAGGUCCUGCCAGAGACCCAGACUCAAUCGCCCACCGACGUUGCAAGUACCUCCAGCGAUGGAAGUGACCGAAGACCAACAACGAAUGGCUCGGUCCCCACUAUUCAAUUCAAUGGACUACACGCGAGACAUGCGAGCAGUGGAUCUCAUCGAAGACGUACCGAGUCACCACGUCCAAGCCUCAAUACUCGCCUGGCAACCGACAACUUGAAUGGCAGUGAUAUGGAGCUGCUUGACGGGUUUGAGUUCGAUAGUGACUUGGACAUGCCGCCAGAUGAGGCGGAGUGCAAGCCUCCUACUUCUUUGCAGGGAUCCAACCAACCCAAUGCCGACCCAUGGAAUGCUGUCUGUGUCGUUGGAUUGCGCGUGUACUCCAAGGACUCGGGUCUGAGCCUGGAGGUGGUUCGUCCUGUUCCAGAGGAUGAUACUGAGGCCCCACUGGACCGUGACGAUCCAGCUGCAUCAGCCACUAUUGAGAAGGCCUUAUGGGGCAUGGACUUCGCUGUAUGA